ACUUGACUUUGUCUUUCCUGGGGAAAUGGCGGAGGUCGCCCACAAGCUGAGCAAUGGAGUUUACCGGUUGUCCAGCUUCAGGUAUGGACAAAGUCGACCGGUUUGCUAUGGCGAACCUUCCAAAACCCGGCGAGAAAUGUACACUUUUACCGCAAGUCGGAAUAAAGAGGUUUUAACGGGGAAUGAAGACAACGUUCGUUUAAAAAGCACAGUGACAGAACCCAAAAUAGAAGUCAGGGGAAUGGAAAGAAGGCAUCAGAUGACUGAAAUCUGUUUGAACCUGCACUCACUUGGCUUUGCUGGAUUUGUUCACAGUAGAGAGGAUUUCAACAAUUAUUUAGUUGCACCCAGGAGGUAUUCUGGGAGUCGAGGACCUGCUUUCUGUCACCUGAACCCCAUCUUCACGUCAACUCAGCAGCUACGAGCUUUCUGCAUCUUCAUCCAUAAACCAGAGAGACGACAUUGUUUCUCCAGAAGCUACAGUUGGACAAAAGACUCAAAAGACGACCCUUUGUACAGAAACAGGACAGCCUAUUAUGACAUCCUCAAAGUGUCCCCCAAUGCCACGCAGUCCCAAAUCAAGACUGCCUACUACAAGCAGUCGUUCAUCUUUCAUCCAGACAAAAACCCAGAGAACGCAGAGUCCGCUUUGCGCUUCUCUGAGAUCAGCGAGGCCUACACAGUGCUGGGCAACAAAAGUCUGAGGAGGAAGUACGACCGGGGCAUCCUGACCAUAACAGAUGUCCACGGUGUGGAAAGACCCCCCUCCAAAGAGCCCCCAAGCAGAUCCUCAGGAUCGGCACAGCAGCAGCAGCAAACCACCUCAAGACGCUUCUCCCAAACAGGCGGGAGGCCCAUAUAUGACUUUGACGCCUUCUUCCAGGCCCACUAUGGCGAGCAGCUGCAAAGGGAGCGAGAAAUGCGAGCCAGAAGGCAGCGCGACGCAGAGGCCCGCCAGAAGAUGAAGCACAGGUGGAUCCAGACUAAGAAGAUUGAGGCCACGGUGGCCUUGUUGCUGCUGACCGCGAGCAUCAUUUUGAUGAGCGUCAAGUCCUGAAAGACGAAUGGCAUCGGGCGGGAUCACCUGCCUCAUUGGGUGGCAAUGGCAUGUUCGGACACGACAAGAACGUUUUUUCCUCAAUGCUGAUACUUGAUCAUGUCUUUGUCUCGCAAUUAUAUUGAAGAUGUCAAAUAUAAAUGCAAGAAUUUUAACUAGAGUUAAUUCUAAAUUAUUGAUCAAAUAUAUUAACAUCAAAUCUGAAUUACAUUUUGAGGAAUGUGUUUUUCUUUCAUUGCAUUGCUUUGACAUUUUAGGCUAAUUUAAGGAUUAUUGUAUUGUUAAAAUGUGAAUUAAUCCCAAAAAUUAUUGUAGUGUCACGUUUGGCCUGGAGAGGGCAGCAGACCACAUAGAAUGACGUCACCUGUUCAGAAGGAGGACGGUACUCCACUUUACCAGUCCAACGUUUUAUUCACAGAAAUAUAAAGUAGUAUGUCAAGUACAUCACUUUGUACAAAAUAGCACAGACUCUUCAAAACUCAGUCAGAUAACAGAAACAAACCACCUUUGAAUUUUUACCAAGUGUUACUCAAAGAAAGGGGGGCAAAGACUACACAGACGCUUGAAAACUCAACCAGAAAACAUUCAAACAAAACCUAAAAAACCCCAAAUCUGCUUGUUUUGUCAAAUAAAUGGAGCGUUUAGGGCAUGAGGAGUCUGUGAUAUGUGUGACGGGGCCCUUGCACAAACAUAAGACUCAAUCGGGGAGGAAAAGCCAUUUAUACAACAGCUUAGGAAUAAUAAAUAAGUUCCCAAAAUAGGACUCAAAUUGGCACAUUAAUUUCCUCGGCUGUUCUGGAAAACGUUGCGUGAUGGCCACGCUUGACACGUGUAGCCUAUUGAUAUGUUUCUUUCCCUAUAUUGCAAAACCGUGUCUACUUUGGCGUAUGUUAAGAAUUUGGCUUAAAUGCUUCUCUCUUAUCUCGUCAGUGAUAAUGCUUGUUUAGAUACAUGUUUUGAUGCUUGAUUAUUUAGCUAAAGCAAAGCAGUGAAGCAGUCAAGCGUGGCCAUCCUUUCCCACAAGUCUGUGUUCCCUCCUCCUCUCCACUUACCACUGGAUUUCCAACUCGUGAAAUGUUGAAGGCAUGACUUUGAAUGUGACAUACACUGAACAAAAAUAUAAACGCUUUCUCUCCCACUUUACAUGAGCUGAACUCAAAAUAUCUUAAGACCUUUUCUAUGGACAGUGGUGUCAAAAUGAAUACCAUUACUAGUCGAGGUGUUAACCCUUAACGCAUCGGCCAUUUGAACACAAAUGGUGCAGCAAAAGAUGUAGACAGACAAUAUAACAAUUAUCCCGGGCAUAUCCAUCUUUGAGUUCAGGUCAUAAAAACUGGUAGCAAGUCCAAAAGUGUUGCAUUUAUGCUUUUGUUCAGUAGAUCAAAACAGCAUAUCUAAUCUACAUCUUACCCAUAUAACGAGCUUGCAUAAAAAAAACAAAACAA